GUACUAUAGUCAUUUAUAUGUGUGAGAUGGUCCCAAUAAGGACUGUUCGGUUAUUAAGAAAAUUAGAUCCAUUGAGCAAUAACCCUCAACAAGGACACACUUAUUUUACUCGGGCCGCAAAUGAAUGAAAUAGUGUUAACUAAUUGACAAUAGAAGGUUGAAAUCGGACACUUCCCAGUUAAUAUUUGGUUGAAAUUGUAAAUAUAUAUAUUUUGUAUAAAAAAAAAAAAAAGAAAGUCUCCAGCUAAUUAAAUCAAUCCUGAGAGAAGAUGUAAGAAAGAAUAAGUCCAAAUCAUAUAACUGUUCGUCAUAUGUCUGCAUAGUAUAAUUUUGAUGGUCAAAUAAUAUAGUACCACCACAGACCAAUUUUCGUGCAUUAUACAAAGUCCAUCUUCAGGCAUAAUAAUACCAUGUCAUGACCUUGUCCUGCUUUCUCCCUAUAAAUACUACUCCAACUUUGUACAUUUAUCAAUAGAAGCCCCAAGAAUCUCUUCAUUAGCCAUCUAAUAUUUAGCUGAAAGAAAAGAGCCAUCUUCCCCAUGAUCAAAAUGGGCUGCUUCACUCUUGAAAAACUUUCACUAAUCAUUAUCCUCAUCGCCUUGUUUCUUUUGUCAGCGAAAUUUGAAACUUGUUACGCAAGAGAAGGGAAAUACUGGAGGCAAAGCAGAGAUGUACUGAUGAUGAAUAAAGAAAAAGCUCACGAUGGCCGCAGCUUGUCAAUGGUAAUGGAUUCUAAUUACACUUGGUCUGAUGAAAAAGGACAAAGCCUUGCCACCUUUAAUGUACUUGACUAUGGUGCUAAAGGUGACGGGCGCACUGAUGAUACCAAGGCAUUUGAAGCUGCAUGGAUAGCUGCUUGUAAAGUAGAGGCAUCGACGAUAGUGGUACCAUCCGGGUCUAUGUUCCUUGUGCAUCCAAUAUCUUUUUCAGGUCCUGCUUGUGCAGAAAAUAUUGUAUUUCAGUUGGAUGGCAAGAUCAUAGCUCCUACUAGUGCUACUGCUUGGGGAUCAGGGCUUUUACAGUGGAUUGAAUUUACAAAACUAAAAGGUAUUACAAUCAAAGGAAAAGGAAUCAUUGAUGGACAGGGUUCAGUCUGGUGGAAUGACCUGCCCGCAUAUAGUCCACACUCGGAGGUAGCUGGUGAGCUCAAUGCCAAAAUGCCAGGCACCAAACCGACAGCUCUGAGAUUUUAUGGAAGUACUGAUGUGACGGUAACCGGCAUAACAAUUCAAAACAGCCCUCAAACCCACCUCAAAUUUGAUGACUGCACAGGCGUUCAGGUUUCAGAAUUCACUGCUGCAUCACCUGAGAACAGCCCAAACACCGACGGAAUUCACCUGCAGAACUCUAGAGAUGUGGUCAUUUACAGCAGCGAUCUUUCUUGUGGGGAUGAUUGUGUAUCUAUUCAGACUGGAUGCUCAAAUGUCUAUAUACAUAAUGUAAAUUGUGGACCUGGACAUGGCAUUAGCAUUGGAGGACUGGGAAAAGAUAACACCAAGGCCUGCGUUUCAAACGUUACUGUCCGGGAUGUUCAGAUGCAGAACACAUUAACUGGUGUCCGAAUAAAGACCUGGCAGGGUGGCUCUGGCUCAGUACAAGGAGUAACAUUCUCAAACAUUCAAGUUUCUGGAGUUGAAACUCCAAUUAUGAUCGAUCAAUUCUACUGUGAUGGAAGCAAGUGCCGAAAUGAAUCUUCAGCUGUCGCUGUUUCUGGCAUAAACUAUAUGAACAUAAAAGGCACAUACACAAGAAACCCUCUACAUCUAGCAUGCAGUGAUAACUCGCCUUGCACUGGUGUCUCCCUGGAAACUAUAGAGCUAAAAUCAGUUGGUGAAAACAGCCAACCUUUCUGCUGGAACACAUAUGGAGAAUUGAGAAGUGCAACUGUCCCUCCAGUCAACUGUUUGCAAACUGGAAAAUCAAGGAAGCCAUAUAUUGUCAAUUGCUGAGCCUUCACAUAGGUAGCCAACGACAAAUACGUGCAGUCCUCAGGAGAAGAACUACUUUCUAGACAUGUAACAAGUGCUCAAUUUCAAUUCCAGUAGAAUAUAUACAACAAUGUUUAGUGUU